AUGCAGCACCUGCCGCUGCCUUUGACGUCCGUUUCUGAUCUUAAUCGAUUACAAAGGACAGAUACUACCACAUCUUUCGAUUUUGAGGCUACAAAGCGGCAAAAAGAGUUUGCACGGAUGCAGCGACAGAAGGAGGCGAGACACGCGCGGGUAAAACAUCUGCCACUGUUUCGAGAGGGCUCUGCGCUGUUCCGUCACUUGGGAAUGAGGACUCUGGGGGACUAUGACAACCUACCGAUGACUAGUUUUGAUGGAGCUAUUGCAGUGAUCCACUCGGAGCAAGAUGAGCAGAAAUAUGCAGAGUAUCUGAGAGAGCAGAAAGUGGUGGGCGUGGACACGGAAGCGAGACCAGACUUCCAUCCGCUAAAGGGAAGAAAGGGUAAUCCCGUGUGCUUGAUUCAGGUCAGUACUCUGGAGCGGGCAUUUCUUUAUAGAUUGCAACGGGGGAAUCCACUGCCUCCAGUACUACAAGAGCUAUUUGCCGAUCCUCGCGUAUUGAAGGUUGGCCACUCGCUGAGCGACGACUUUCGUCAAUUAAAGGCGUCGAACCUUGUACAAGCAGUGAACUCGACCGUAGAUACACUAUAUAUUGCACACAAGCUUGGAUGCAAGCGACCUGGUCUGAAGACAGCGUGUCAGGUGUUUCUGGGUGGGUCGCUUGACAAAGAGAUGCAAGUUUCGGACUGGGAAGCUCCUGUUCUGAGCGAGGCACAGAUUAAAUACGCAGCGACAGACGCUUGGGCACCUAUGAGGGUCCUGCUCGCAAUGAUUCAACUAAAGGAUACAAAGGAACUGCUACGGACAAAAAGCUACAAUUCGUCUUCGCAGACGGUUGUAAAUGAGGAUCAUGAUGUUUUGCUUGGAAAAUUACUUUCGUUUGCUCUUCGUCAUCAGGUUCCCAUCAUGGAGUAA